AAAGAAAAAGUUAAAUGAGAGUGAAAAGGUGUGGGUCAAACCCAUUGUGAAAUAACAAAUUCUCUGCAAUUUUUUCAUGCAGAGGUCAAUAAAUUGGCUUAAAUGCAUGGCAAAUGCUCAGUCGGCUUGCGAACGUACAUGUUAAAUAUUAGAACUUCAUUAAACAUGUCAACAUUCGGCGCAGAAUUUGAACAGAUAUGGCCAAAAGCCGGGUCUACUGUGAAAUUAAGCGAUUUUGGUAAAAAGUUAUUACAAAAAUGUUUAAAAGUGGAAAAGCCGGAUAUUAAGCAUAUUGACGUUGAAAGUUUCAUCAAGAAAUCGUCCAAUUUUCCUGUGGAGUUCGGUACCAAUACGUGUCGCAUAAUAAGUCAACCCAAGCAGCGUUAUCCGGAAAUUCAAAAACAAAUCGCUUCUGCCUAUCCAGUAAUACAUGAACGCGUUUUGGGAUUGUAUCUGGCAUUUUUGGAACACAAAUGCAAAUACGGCAAUAAACGCGAACUUGAGCUUUACCAAAAUUUAACGCUCACCGAUUUUGUACAACGCCUCCUAGCGAAGCGUUGUGUUAGUUUCUUUGGCAAAAAUGAUAAAUAUCUUUUAUUGUCACGUCAUCGUGGCUGCAGUGGAUUCCUCGAUAUUGGCACAGAUGCCGAAAAACCGCCACUACUACUGCAAGAUGUGCUCUGUUAUGAUGAAAUCAAGCUCUCCGCAUUUCUUUCCGUCUCCUCACACACGGAGUUCCUCAAUGACGGUAAUCGUCAGAAUUGUGGCGUUAUCGAGAAAAAUAAAUCGCUCAUUGAGACGGAUGGUGUCAUAAUCGGUCUAAUUGGUGCACGUCUUGUGCGACGCGAUGUUAUGGAAUUUCAAGACAUCAUAAUUGCCAAGAAACAAAAUACCAAAGAAAAUGGUUAUGGCUUACCCAUCGAAGCUGAGGCUAAUACACAGCCGACUGAUUAUAGACGCGUUUGGAAGGAAUUCUAUGAAGAGCGUGAUUAUUUGUAUGCACAAGUGCAGCGCGACGGCAAACGUUUUGAUAAUGCACGUGCAAAAGAUGAUAUAUUCGAUAAUGUGUUGAUGAAGAAACGUUAUACGAUAUCUUUCGAUACACUGCUGCUGGAGAGUGAAGCACGCGCAGCAGCCGCAGGCAAGCAGGCGUACAUUCAUGUUGUCGGCAUCGGCUUAGGUGUUUGGCGUGCGGCUGAGCAGCAAGAGAAAAUCUUUUUAGAAACUUUUGCGCAACGCCUGAAAGUCUUAUUGCCAAAGCUGACGCAUAUAGGCGUAGUACACUUUUCGUGGUUUAAACUCAACGCAUGGGGCGAUCUGAAACAUGGUGGCAUCAUUAAAAGCGAAACACAUCCCGAUGGCGGUAUACGUACAUUUUUAUCGAAGCGUAAUCCCGCCGAUAAGUUGGUGAGCACGAAUAUGAAAUCACCUGAAUUGGAAAAUAUGCUGCUUAUCGUCUCUUAUGCCUGGGACGGUAAUGCAUUACCUGGCAAUGAGUUUUGGAUGAAAAUGUUAAAAUCCACUGGCGACUCUUCUACGGCAUGCAGUACGCUCAUUACGGAAAUACAUAAUCCUCAUAUCAACACCGAGCUGGUGAAUGGCGCAAACUUGCAUAUUGCAUCAGAACAAUAUGGUAUUUUACAUAUUACGGAUUAUGUCAAGAAAAGUUUAGAAUGAACCGGAGACUACUUGGAAAGGCCUUAACAGUUUUUGGAACGAUUAUGCGAACAUUAGAAAUAAUUGACAAAAAUUGUCACAAAACAAAAAAAAAUUAAAAGAUUUUGUUCUUUUAAAUCCAUACACAUUU